UCAAACUCUCUCACACAAAACUCAUAAGGACUACCACACCUUGGCAUCUCUUAUAUAGUAAAACCCAUAUAAACCUAAUCCAACUCCAACUAGGUUUAGUAUUUAGAUAUCUCCUAAAUACUUUAAGGAUAAUUUCCAAAUCUCUCAAACUAUAUCCUUUUGUUAGCUAACUUAUAGCUCAAGUUAACUAACCCGAGUUAACUAACUCUUAUGCUUUGAUCAAGCUUAACUCAACAGAAAACACAUGUUCACCAACACAGAAAUCCAUCAGCCACCAUCAAAGGAGAUCAAUCUCCCAGCAAGCAACGGAGAGGAUCUAACCACCACGAACCAAAGCGAGCAACACACCCGAUGUGAGAUAGGCCAUCGAGGAGAGCCUUCACUCAUACAUAAUCACCGUCCUCAAGCAAUCAUGGAAAAUAGGAAGAUGACCGAGAAGAUGGAGUCGUCGUUGUAAGGAGGAGAGCCGAAACAAACCACCGUCGAUUUGGCCUCAAAUAUACCUCCGACCUGAAGAAAAACGGUGCAAAUCCGCCGCAUGUACUUACAGAAAAUUGUGGGAGAUGGAAUUGUGGGAGAUGGAAGGAGCCGAACAGAGAAGACAACGGGCCCUCUCACAGUACCGACGAGGAGCGCUGGUGACCGGCGAGGCAAAUUAGAGCAGAUCUAAAGGUCUAUUGCUUGGAAGGCAAUUAUCCGUAUGACGUGGCAACUAAAAUGACUCUUGAAGACCUCUCCGGCAAUUCUACCGCCGUUUCGUGUCCGGCGGUGGAUUUACUUACUUGUUCGAAGCGACUUCCAAUUUUGACCUAAUCAAACGCCGCUCUCAACGGUUCGAGAAUGGGUUGUAUCGGAUCUUCUCAGGCCAUAAAUGAAGGCGGAGUGAAAAGGAAGAAAAUCAGGAAACCUAAACCGUGGGCACAUACUGAGCCAAUCACAAGGGCACAACUUACUAAUAUGCGUGAGGAAUUUUGGGACACUUCUCCACACUAUGGUGGUCAAAGAGAGAUUUGGGAAGCACUUCGAGCUGCUGCUGAAGCUGACUUGAAACUAGCGCAAACUAUUGUUGACAGUGCUGGUGUGAUUGUCCAGAAUCGUGAUCUAACAUUGUGUUGGGAUGAAAGAGGUGCUAGAUAUGAGCUUCCUAGGUAUGUUCUAAGUGAUCCCACGAAUUUGAUUCGAGAGGAGGGACAGUAAGUUCCAUGAACAUUGACACAAAAAGCAAAGCUUAGUAAUAGUAAGUAGUAGAAGACUAGAAUCUGAAGUCUCUCAUAUUGAUUACUUUUACCAAUUGAUAGUAGUACACACUCUCUGUAUAGUUACUGGAAUCUAAAGUGUGAGAUGGUGACAUGUGGUGUUUGAGGUACAGAUGUACAGUCAGGAUUUAUGAACUUUUUUGGGGGUCAAAAUGAUCUAAUUAACCUUUUGACAGUUGACAAA